AGUUUAUGUCUUACAAGGCUAUUGAGAAUAGGGACAACUCCGGACCAAAAAAGGUUCUAGAAUCUAGACAAAAGUCAAAGAGGUCAAUUACGAUUUAUGAAGGCGGUGAUUAUUAACCGGUUGCUUAACUCGAGUUACCCGACUCUUAGCUGAUAAAGUCGUCUUUUGUCGUUGUCAUUUUUAUUUUUGGAUUCAUGUCUUUUCAAGUUCAGGAUUUUGAAUCUUUUUGAAGUCGAAUAAAAUACAGAAAAUUAGUUGCUCCUUCGGUUAGUGAAGAGGUAAAGGUCGUAAAAUUAACUUUACUAAUGCAUGUACGCGACAGUUUUUGCAAUCUUUCAUCACUAAAAUUAUUGUCUUCCAAGUGUUGAGCAACUGAUCUCCACAAUGUGCCGAAUACCUGCACUGACAUUUUAAAAUAUUUUGUAGUAAAAAUUUUCACGUCGAUGUACUAUUGAGAAUUGGGGUAAAUUUUUAACAUUUUUAUAGCUCAGGAAGCUUGCACACUGUGAGGAAAUGUUCACUCGUGCACAAAAUAGAAGCAGAAUACAACACCGCGCACACUUGAGGAAACAGCUCAGCUAACAGUCAAGAGUGACUUGUUGUAUUGCAUGUAUUGUACGCUCAGCUCAGCUGUUUCCUCCACUGUGCACCGGGCUGUAGGGAAGCGUUGGAUCUUAAUCCCCGAGCCAGUGCAGAGCACCGUGCGAGGGUACUAAGCCCGGAGAUUAAGAAUUACACCUGGGUAUUGUGACAGAACAUAGCGGAAUCCAAAGUUGUCAAAAUACUAUGUCAAGAACAUUUGGUGGUUUUGUUAGUUAUGCGCAUGCGCGAAAUUUAAAUGAGUUGAAACCGUUAAUCAGCAACUUUCUCAUUUGGCUGAAAUUUGUAUUUCAAUAAUAAUGUCACCUGCAAAACAAGGAGGAAUUUCGUUUUGAACAAAUCAUUUCUUCUGAGGCAAGAGCAUUUCUCACGUUGACGUAUGACGCAUAUAUCACGUCGACGUAGCAAAUUUGGGUCCUAUAUAUAUGGCAGAGCCAUAGGAAACAUUAUUCUAUUGCAAGGGAACUGGUAACUACUGACAGGAAUAUACUGGAUAUCAGGAUUCUUUAGGAAAUCUCUGGAUAUUUGCAGGCCCGACUGAUAAAAUUGCAUUUAGCAGCUCUUGUUACGUUUAACAAACAGUUGAAAUUAAAAAGAACAGUCGUAUGACUGCAUGAUGAUGUCGCUUCGCAGCAAUGAAGGUCAGUGACAGUGUAUCGAUUGGAAAAUCCCGUUUGCUUGUGAACAGAACUGGAGAUGAUUGAGGGACAUUCUUUCAGUGAUAAGGGCAAUAUCUUUGCGAUCAUGCCUGGAAUAAAGAUUACGAAUGAAGAUCGUAAUAAAAUUAAUCCUAAAUUCUUCUGCACGUCUUGUAACCUGCUGCUGUCAAUUCCAACGCAGACUAUUUGUGGUCACCUGAUGUGUUCUUCUUGCAUCAACACACUGCUAACGAGCCCAGACCCUCGUUGUCCUAAAGAUGGCACAGUACUAAGGAAGGAAGAUAUAUUCCAGGACAAGUUCACUGGCCGUGAGCUAGGAGCCUUGAAAUUGCACUGCCCUAAUGCAGGCUGUCGUUGGUGCGGUGUUUAUAUUGAGAUUGAGAACCAUUUCCAGGUCUGUGGGUAUGCUAUGAUAAAAUGCGUGAAUUCUCAAUGUCAAAUGGAGUUCCAGCGGCUGCAACUAGAUGAACAUUUGAAAAAUGAAUGUGAAUAUCGUAAAGUUAUUUGCAAUUAUUGCCCACAGAAUGUCUCUCUUGCUUCACUUCAGGACCAUAUUAGUACAAGCUGUGAUGGUGCACCAGUAACAUGUAAAUUCUGCAAAACAGAGGUUGUGAGAAGGGAUAUUGAGAGACAUGAACAAGUUGUGUGUGAAGAGGUUCCUGGGGAAUGCGAAUUCCACCAUGUGGGUUGCAAUCAUGACAAGACUGUGAAGCGAAGAGAGAUGCGUCGGCACAUGCAUGAUUCUGUGAUCGACCAUGUCCGAUUACUUCUGCAUUUUGUCCUUAAUUUCGUCAGCCAACUAAGCAGCUACAUUCCACGACCUGAAUUUACUGGAAUAAUUCAGAAAGUUCGCAAUGAUAUCUCCGAAGUUCGUUCAGGCCUGGCUGAAAACUUUGUCACCGUUGUCGGAAAAUUGACUGGAUUGGAGCGAAGAAUCGAAGAUUUGGAGUCCAAUCGUGGUGGUAAUACCCGGAUGAGAGAUGAGCUUGUUGAGUUUCGAAGUAAAAUAGAGCAACUUAAAACAGAAAUCAACGUUUUACGUGAACAGAAUAGGACCUCCGAGAGACAAUUGCGAGAGAGGGAAUUGCAACUGGAACGGAUGCGAAGCAGGAUGGAUCAAAUUGACGAGUCUCUUGCUCUGAAUACGGUGAAGAUUGCCGAUUUGGAGACCCAAAAAGGUCCACGUGCACAACAGUCUAUUCACAGUUACAACGGAACCUUGCUGUGGAAGAUUGAGGAUUACCAGAAGAAACGACAAGAUGCCAUAAAUGGGGUAAAAACAUCCUUGUAUAGUCAACCCUUCUACAGCGCUCAGUAUGGUUAUAAGAUGUGCGCUAAAAUCUACAUGAAUGGCGAUGGAUUUGGAAAAGGAUCUCAUUUAUCACUUUUCUUUGUUGUCAUGAAAGGUGACUAUGAUGCUCUUCAAACUUGGCCAUUUCAAAAGAAAAUUACUAUGAUGCUCUUGGAUCAAGGUAAUGGAGAUCACAUGGUUGAUGCAUUCCACUCUGAUCCUCAAAGUUCGUCUUUUCAACGCCCGAAAUCUGAUAUGAACAUCGCAUCGGGAUCUCCCUUGUUCAUGCCUAUCGACAGUUUGAGUAAUCGUCAAUACAUCAAAGAUAACGUUUUGUUCAUCAAGAUCAUCGUUGAUUAGUUAAAUGAAAUUAGAACGGCACAAAAGUUAUCGAUCAAAAUCAACUUAUGUUCAGAGAAUAUUACUGGUUUCGCUAUAGCAACAAUAAUUAUUACAUUAACUUCCUAGGAUAUCCACACCACGUCGGAUGAAGUAAAGUUUAAUUAUUUUCCUUAAACAGGCGAAGACAAUUAUUCCUAACAUAUUCUUGAUGUGGUGGAUAUAUCUAAAGGGUAAAUCAGUUAUGAUUUUGUGGCACUUCACUCGUUGUAGGUAAAUUCUGAAGGUUUUUAAAGGGUCUUAAUUUCGAGUGUAAUCAUACACAACUUAUCAAUUCAAGCCAGAAAUAAAUACUUUUUAAUAAAUACUUUGUCAUUAUUUAAAAAAAAAAUUCAAGCCAGGAACAGUUGAGAAAAAUUAGUGAACUAUCACCGGUCCACCGAGUAAUACUGAAUUUAAUGAAGAACAGUUGCAAUUUUUUCUACAAAAAUGCACAAACUUUAACAGAGUAUUGAAACGAAUCAGCCGGAUCAUAUAAGGGAUAUAAUAAACAAUUGUAAA